AUGGGCUCUAAGGAUCAAAAGAGAGCAGCUCUACAUGAAAAGUUGCAUCAACUUCGCUCUGUGACCAACUCCAGUGCUGUGAACAAGGCAUCAAUUCUCGUAGACGCGUCUAAGUAUAUAGAGGAUCUGAAGGAAAAAGUGGAAAGACUGCACCAAGAUGUUUCUACUUCAAAAAAUUCAUUACCAAAGGUUACUGUGGAAACCCUAGAAAAGGGCUUCCUUAUUAAUGUGUUUUCAGAAAAGAAUUGUCCAGGUUUGCUUGUCUCAAUACUUGAAGCAUUUGAGGAGUUGGGCCUUGAGGUGCUUGAUGCUAGGGUUUCCUGUUCGGAGAGUUUUCGUCUAGAAGCAAUAGGAGGCGAAAAUGAAGGACAAGUUGAUAGUAUAAAUGCUCAUGUGGUAAAACAGGCAGUUUUGCAAGCAAUCAGGAACUGGGUUGACAGUAGUGAGCAAGAUUAA